AUGCCUGAGGUGGGGCCGGGGAUAGAGGGCGUCAAGCCCCCGUACGGCUACAAGGGCAAGAAGGGCAAGGCCGGCGGCAUCGUCUACGAGAUGCCGGCGUUCACGGCAGAGCUGCUCACCCCCUUCCCCCGCGUCGGGGUCCCCGUGAAGUUCGACAAGCUCCUCUACAACGGCCGGCAGAACUACAACCCCCAGACAGGGAUCUUCACCUGCGAGAUCCCCGGCGUCUACUACUUCGCCUACCACGUCCACUGCAAAGGGGCCAAUGUCUGGGUGGCGUUGUACAAGAACAACGAGCCGCUGAUGUACACCUACGACGAGUACAAGAAAGGCUACCUGGACCAGGCUUCGGGCAGUGCCGUUGUCCAGCUGAUGCCUGGAGACAAGGUUUAUGUUCAAAUGCCAUCCGAGCAGGCAGCAGGACUCUAUGCUGGGCAGUACGUUCAUUCGUCGUUUUCAGGAUAUUUAUUGUAUCCCAUGUAAAACAAAAAAAAACCCAGAAACACACAACACCCACACACGAAAUCAAAACCUUUCUCCUCUGCUUCAAACUUUUAUACCGUGAAAGAUGCAUUUUAUGACAAUUUUGGACCAUCUUGUGCAAAAAAAAAAAAUAUAAAGUUUAACAUUAUGCACAGCUAGUUAUAAAAAAA